GAAGACGUGUCGGCUGGGCGCUCAAAAGACUCUGAUUUUUUUCGUGAUGUAACUCUGGUGUCUUUAUGUGUCUGGAAAUUCUUUGGUGUCUGUCUGUCUCGCUUGUGUUUUAGUGAAUGAAGAGAGGCUGUGUGAUCGCUCGUGGUGGAAUGAAAAGAAUAUAUACUAAUUGCAGAAAGAAUCCAACCAGUCCUCCGCCGCCGCCGUCAUGGUGUACCUAAACACGAGAAAAAACGCGUUCCUCUUCUUCCUCGCUUCUACCGCCGUCCUCAUCUACACGACGCAGAAGGACUUCCUCCACUUCGGCGGUGGGUCUCGCUACGUCCUUCCCAAGAGUCGGUCUCGAGACGUCUUGCAAGAUCUGAUGCAACUGAAGGCAAAGGAGAGGACGAAGGUGAAGCCGAGCGCAGAGAACAGGACGAACAACGGCAAGGGAGUGAGGACCUUUACGCCUGUUCUCAAGCUCUCGUACGGCGCCGCCCUUCGCAACAUCAGUUAUGCCAGUUAUAGUUCAGAGGACGCCGCCAUUUUGAAAAACCGCGUAGACGAAAUGGCGCGCAGGGCAAAGGUGGUCGGCCAGGUGUGCAAGUCGACGAAAUCCCUUUCAAAAAAACCAAGUCGAAUUUCUGUCGUUUGGGACACGAAGCAUACUCCAAGUAUUGUCUGGUGUCCGGUGUAUAAGGUCGCCUCCACCACAUGGAUGAGGAACUUCCUUCGCCUCGCACACUUCAACGAGAACAACCCCAAGAUUCCCAGGAAUAUUUCGAAGGAAAAGCAGGACAAAAGGAGGUUUUCGGUGAGGUUCGGCGCCACCCACAACCGCGUGUUCGAGCUGUAUCCGGGACCCGAAGACGAUGCCGAGAGAAGCCGAGUCAUGCAGGAAAGUGUUCGGGUCAUUAUCGUGAGGCAUCCCUUCGCCAGGCUCCUCUCCGCUUAUCGGGACAAGAUGAUCAAGAAAAAUCCCAUCCCGGUCAGAUUCAAGUUUAGGGAGUUGCAAAAGUACAUUAUUGCUAAGUAUCGAGGAAGCAACAGUACUGACAAUUCCUCUUUUCCGAGUUUUGCCGAAUUCGUCCAACACGUCAUAGACUCGACUGAGGAAUAUGUAACUCCCAAAGACUGGACGGAUAACGUAAAGUGCUGGCUGCCUUACUGGGUGCACUGCGGCGUCUGUUCCUCUGACUACAACAUCAUCAUGAAGCUGGAGAGUAUGAAGGAUGACGAACGGUUCCUCAUCACCCUUUCUCGUCUUGAAGAACUCAAAAAUGUGGCCAGCUGGGUCCACCUGAAGGGGUCAUCCUCGGAGGAUUUGGCAAAGGAGUACUACAAGGACGUGACGCGACGCCAGAUGAUGGAACUCUACCAGCGGUAUCAGCCCGAUUUUAAACUCUUUCAGUAUGACAUUGAUGACUUCCUUGCCAUUGCUAAAGAGGAGUAAAAUCUGAAUGUAGUUGUGGCUACAGCUCUAAAUGGUUACGCUUCGGCAGGGUCCUCAAAAUAAAGGACUUUCAUUACAAAGCAUAUGGUAGUUACCUGACUGCUAGUACAAUAUAUUACGCUUGACUGCUUGGAUUUGGCUGUUUCCCAGAAUUUACUUUAUAUUAAAGUUUUAUAUAUGCAGGGUGAUUUCACCCUUAAUUUAUUGCUAAAUA